UCUUCCGGUUCACUAAUACGCGAUUUCGCAGAUGGGCGUGAAUACGCUGUCCCUCUGCGCAGGCGCGUUAGGCGCGCGGCGCAAUGCCGGGGCGGCACGUUUCUCGAGUCCGGGCCUUAUAUAAGCGCGUCUUGCAGCUGCAUCGUGUUCUGCCCCCGGACCUCAAAGCCCUGGGUGAUCAGUAUGUUAAGGACGAAUUUAGGAGACAUAAGGCCGUUGGUUCUGACGAGGCCCAGCGUUUCUUGCAGGAAUGGGAGGUGUAUGCAACAGUGUUAUCGCAACAAGCUAAUGAAAACAGGCAAAAUUCAACUGGAAAACCAUGUUUUGGCAUCUUCCUCCCAGAAGAAAAACUUAAUGACUUUCGUGAUGAACAAAUUGGACAGUUGCAGGAGCUGAUGCAAGAAGCCAUGAAACCCAAUUGGCAAUUUCGUGUUUCUGAAUCUGCGGAACCAAAAUUGUAGUCUAUACAACAAAGCUUAACAAGACAUGCAGAAAUUUAGAAUCCUUACUUUAAUUAUCAUUGGUUUUUGAAAUAUAUUAUUUAAGCUUUGAAAAUUCCUGUUACUAAUGAAAUAUUUUAUUUUUGGAUAUUAUAAAUGUAAUAUGUGGAUCAAGAUCACUAGUGACAAUUGAAAAAACUUCAUUGGAAUAAUAGCACUUGAUGUAUGAAAUUUGAUUUUACAACUAAACAGGAAAUAAUGGAUCUAAAAUGGACAAGUUUCUAGAAUUUUGUUGAAAAAAUUUUAAAAUGCUAUUCUCAUCCAAGAAUAUUAGCCUUCUGGCUUUUCUUUAGCUUCAUCAAAGAAGUAUGCUGUGAUAAUGAUAGAUGUAGAAUUCCAGCAAGGUUAUUUUUUAAAUACAUUGUCAUUCUGAACAUUUCAUCACUUCUACUUUAAUAACACAUACAUGAUUUUUCUUGUGACUGUCUCUUCUCCCUGCAUCAAUGUUCAUUCACAAUAAAAGGUUAGGGAGAAGCUUUAAAAUUUACUUACAUCAAUCAUUUGUAUAAUAGACUAUACAAAGUCUAAUACAUUUUCAUUAUUGUUAAUAACCACCCCUGACAUAAUGUGUAGCUACCUUGAAACUUUUAUGGUGACUUCACCAUUUCCCUAGAGGCCUCUUCCUCAUUAUUCAGCAAUUGUGAUAACACUAUGUGGUGGAUCACAAAAUGCUCAUGGUUCUCUACCACUCCUUGUACCUGUAUCUUUUGCAAGGUAACUUUGCAGUGUCUCCUGUUCAUCUGUUUUUCAGUUAUUCAAAUCUCUUGGCCUUUUGACUUGAUUUGCUCAAAAGAAUGAGGUAAUAUUAUGCAAACUUAGGUUCUAGGCCUCAGAGCCUUGCAUACUUCUAUCUGCACUAUUGGACAUCUGUCCAACUGACAUGUGAGCACACUAGGGCUGGCCUACCAGAGGAUCAGAUCAUGUAGAGCAGAGGUAGAUCAUCCUAGACCAGCCGGCUCUCAGCCAACCACACUUACACGAGUGAGCUCAGCCAUGACAGCUAAUCCCAAUCCAAAUUGCCAGUUACAAGCUAAAUUAACUGUAGUUCUUUUAAAUCAGUACAUUCUGUGAUGGUUUAUUGUGUAGUUAGAGCUGAGUUAUGUGAGACAGUGCUUUACUGUCUCAAAGUCACUCAUUCCCCCUUUUCCAACUAUCAGUCUGAUACUUUAGACUUCUUUUUUUUUUUUUGUAGCAAUCUAUAUGUGGCUUUCUUGUCUCCAGUCCAUUUUUUAGUAUGUUGUUUGCAGCCAUUUGGCUGUAGAUGUCACCUUACUGAUAUGCAAAUCUGAUCAUAUUUCCUUGCUUAACAUUUGGCAUGGAGAAGGGUGUUGGAUUGUACUUAAUAGUAGUGAUACAUGGCGCAAUUUACUUCUUACCAUUGGUCUUGGUGGUUGAGAGGAAUCUGAUACAGCUUAUUGAAAAUAAAUUGGAGAGAUGUAUUAAGAACUUUAAGAA